GUGCAGACAAACAGCAGGAUGUAGGAGCCCGCGUGCGGGUUAGAGCGUGACUGUUCAUAGGAAGAGAAGCCCAAAAUAGAUUGGAUUUACUCAGCACUUGCGUUAAUGAUAAGAAGAAAACGAGUCGGAGUGAACAAUUUGAAAUUGAUCGACAACGCUCGAGUACUUUAUUUUGAAACGAUGAAAAGGAUGUGGGAUUUCUUUUAAUCCUUCUCUCUCUCUCUCUCUGGUACGUGUGUGGACGGGAACAGCCACAGCCUCGCGUGCGUUCGGCCAAAAGCAGCAGCCUUCUUAUCGGAGGAUGUGAAACAGUGGGACAACCCGUGAAGUGACUGGGCCGGUCCCGUGGAUUACUUCUGGAGCUACUCCGACCCGUUAGCGCCCCAGUCGUUCGAGUUCUGCUGCAAAGCUCCCGUUUCUGGACAUGGCAGCUGCCCUCAGCGGCCGAAACCCUGGCGGACGUGGGCCUAACAAAAGCAAGGGUCGCAUUUUAGGCAUCUUUGAUGCAAUCCAGGAUGCAGUGGGGCCACCGAAGCAGGCUGCUGCCGAUCGGAAAACCGUGGAGAAAACCUGGAAACUCAUGGAUAAAGUUGUUCGACUCUGCCAAAAUCCACGCCUGCAGCUGAAAAACAGUCCACCCUACAUCCUUGACAUCUUACCCGAUGCUUACCAACACCUGCGCCUAAUACUGGGCAAAUAUGAGGAAAACCAGAGACUUACUCAGCUCAGCGAGAAUGAGUAUUUUAAAAUCUACAUCGAUGGCCUCAUGAACAAAUCCAAACGGGCCAUCCGCCUCUUUAAGGAAGGAAAAGAGAGAAUGUAUGAGGAGCAGUCACAGGACAGAAGGAACCUGACAAAGCUGUCACUGAUCUUCAGUCACAUGUUAGCUGAAAUUAAAGCCCUUUUUCCUGGAGGGCAGUUCCAGGGGGACACCUUCAGAAUCACCAAAGCUGAUGCUGCUGACUUCUGGAGAACAUAUUUUGGAGAAAAGACAGUAGUGCCAUGGAGAGUCUUCAGACAGUGCCUUCAUGAUGUGCAUCCCAUCAGCUCAGGCCUGGAGGCAAUGGCCCUCAAGUCCACUAUCGACCUCACCUGCAAUGACUACAUUUCUGUGUUUGAGUUUGACAUCUUUACACGUCUCUUUCAGCCGUGGGGAUCAAUACUGAGAAACUGGAACUUCCUGGCAGUGACACACCCAGGAUACAUGGCUUUUCUAACUUAUGAUGAAGUCAAGGCUCGACUGCUAAAGUUCAUCAACAAGCCUGGCAGUUACAUCUUCAGACUGAGUUGCACACGCUUGGGUCAGUGGGCGAUUGGCUACGUGACCGGCGACGGCAACAUACUGCAGACCAUCCCCCACAACAAACCACUGUUUCAAGCUCUGAUCGAUGGCUUUCGAGAGGGCUUCUACUUGUUCCCUGACGGUCGCAGUUACAAUCCGGAUCUGACGGAUUUGUGUGACCCGUUGCCUCAUGAUCACAUCAAAGUGACACAGGAGCAGUAUGAGCUGUACUGUGAAAUGGGAUCCACUUUCCAGCUUUGCAAGAUCUGCGCCGAGAAUGACAAAGAUGUCAAAAUCGAACCCUGCGGACAUCUGAUGUGUACACUGUGUCUCACGGCCUGGCAGGAAUCAGAUGGCCAGGGUUGUCCCUUCUGCCGCUGUGAGAUCAAAGGGACAGCGCCCAUUACGGUAGAUCCCUUCGACCCGCGAAACGAGGGCGCCAAGUGCUUCUUCCUGGACCGGCACAGCAGCCCGAUGCUAGACUUCGAUGAUGAGGAGGACAGAGAAGACUUUUUGGUCAUGAAGGGACUAGCCAACAUUAGAAAGCAUUGUUCAGAGCGCCAGAAUUCCCCUAUGGUGUCUCCAAGCUCCUCACCCAGCAGCCAGCAUAGGAAUAUGCUUGGUGGUGACCCCGUUCACAGCAGCCAGCAUCUCAGCCUGCCUCCGGUGCCCCCACGACGUGAGCUCAUCCAGAAGGGGGUUCUACGCUCCCCUUCUGCCAGUCCCAUUGGUUCACCAAAGUCUUCGCCAGGCAUGUCCAGGAAGCAAGACAAGCCACUCCCAGCCCCACCUCCGCCCCACAGGGACCUACCUCCACCUCCACCCCCUGACCGUCCUCUUCCUAUCCUUCCCGAGGCACGCCACUCCUGGGUCCCUGGUUCUUUUUUGUUGUCCUCUCCUCUGUCCUUUUCUACUGGAAAGCUGUCAGAUUCUUACCUUCCUCCUGAAAGCCGAUGUGCCAAAGAUGCCAACAUGGCGGACUCCCACAGGGCUUUAGAUCCAUUCCAGCUUAGACCUGCCAGGUUGCCUCAUAUAAAUGGAAGGCCUCUCAGUUGUCCGCCUGAGAAUUUUGGGAGAUUAAAUCAACGACUGGAGGGAGCGGGAAAGUCAGAAUGUCCAAAGGUCUUUGCUAAUGAUGUGCCAGUUGCCGAUAGCGAUGACGUGGUUCUCUCCCAGAACUCACCUCCACGCUUAGUUUGUGUAAGCCAGACACCCAUGGACAACAAUACUCCAGAGUCCCUAAUGCAGCAGGAAAAGCCCAAAUCCCCCAUGUCCGGUCGACGAGCAGAACCAGCUGGACCGUCAGUUUCUGGGGGAGCGCAUGCUGGCCCCUGUACCUUUAACAUAACCCACUCUGACUAUGACACUCUUCUUCCACUUCACGAAAACUCCCUGAACAGCUGUCAGCAGCCUCUCCCCCCUCCUCCCCCUGCACGAAACAGUUUCAUUGACGUUUCCUCGUCUUCAUCUUCCUCGUCGUCAUGCAGCACUGGAUCCUUCCCCUCACACUCCAUGUUGGCCUCUGACAAAGCGUGUAACUUGCACAACAGCUCUGCCCCCCCGCCUUCUUCCAGACGGCCCACAGCUUUUAAAGUCUGUCCAGAUUACGACCUCCUCCCUCCUGUUGAAGCUCCAGCCAGGCCUCCCAAGCCAUUCCCCAGAAACCUCCCUUCUGACACCCAGCCUGGAAAAGCCCACAGCCCCGAGUCGGACCACGAGGAUGCAAAGAUCGCCAAGCUGAUGGGGGAGGGUUACUCUUUCGACGACGUGAAGCGGGCACUGGUGAUCGCUGAUUACAAAGUGGACGUAGCCCGCAACAUCCUGAGAGAGUUUGCCUUAGUGAACCCGAGACUGAACCUCUAGUCCUAAAGGUUAAAUGGGGCGGGAGGGGCUCGUCCAUGAAGCUGUGCCUAAAAAAAGGGCUUCUUUUCUCUGCCGGGACUCUGAAUGUUGGAGAAAUCAGAGCUUCGCGGAAACAGAAGUGUUUUUAAGAGAGAUUUGCCUUGAAUUGCCAAACAGAGAUGUCCAUGCACAAAGUGGCUGAAACCAAAUGACAGAGGAGAUGAAAAGAGUAAAUGGUGGAUGUGAGGGAUUCAGACUUGGAAACAAAAGAGGCUUUUUGUUUACAACAAGCUUUGCCAGUGCUGGCCUCUGGUUUUAAACGCUCCUGUUAGACUCAGGACUGUGUCUGCUUAAAAAAAAAAAAAUCUGCUACCGCUGCUAUGAAAUAUUUUACAUCCUGUCACUCCCCACUGCUUUAGGGCCUCAAAAAUAAGAUUUACUUGAGUUUACAUUCACAAUCAGUGGCUAACCUUUAUUUCCUAUGCAACCAGUAGGGGGAGCCACAGUCAGCCAUUUCUUGUGUCAUGCCAACUUUUCCACCUUUGUUCUUAGACAACUUUGUUGAUUGGACUGUACUAUUCCUCCUGAUAGAAGGGGGUGUAUUUCCUGUUUUUAAUUCAGGAAUUUUGGAGUUUUAAGAAGAAAUGUGACUUAAUCUGCCUUAAAGCAAGAAGGUCAUUGUUCUUGGGUGUAAUUUCUCUGCAUGUUCUUGUGCCUGCAAUGGGUUCUCCAUAUAUCCCAUGGACAUCGACCACGGACAACAGAUUUCCAUUGAUAGAACUGCUGAUCGUCUGUUUGUGCGAGUGGUUACCUCUGGGCCCCGGCGACGCCACUCCUGGCAGAUGCCGCGUGUUGAGACCUGACAGACUGCUCACUCCGCAGCCUCAUCCUCCUGUCUCCACGUCAAUUACACAGCCAUCAUAUGGUUAAAUGGUUGCCAUUCUCCACACGUUUGAGCGAUGACUCUUUGGAUUUGUUUGAUUUGAUUUGGGAGGCGCAGGGAGCUGGGCGGCGCCGCCACUGAUAGCAUUAUGUAAAGGUCUAUCAUUUUACUAGAAAACAUGAAAAAACGUGAUAUCAGCUACAAACGUGCAGUGCAGCAGAUGUUAAAACCUCCUUACAUCAGAGUCUGGAUCAGCUGCAUCUCCAACCCAGAUGACUGCAAAAUAUUUACUCUGAAAUAGUUCAGUUUUAGCUGUUUGGGUUUUUAUUGUCUUAUUUAUAUUUAUUUAAAAGUUUUAUAGUCAAUCUGUGCCAGUAGCUUAAAGGGAUUUCUUGUAUUUCAGUUUUCUUUUGUCCAAAAGAGUGAGAAGUCAUGGUUAAACAUGGAGGAGGCGGCGGUCAGAGCUCUGACCUCAGAGAGGAGACCUGAGGCGCGAAACCGCAAACUCCUAUGUUGUUUUUAAUUUAUCAGUAUUGGGACGAAGGAUUUUGUAGAAACAUUGAUCUCACCUAAGUCACAUAAAAAAUGAUGAUAAGGUUUUAUUGAGCUCCUGGCAGUAUUUUAGAGUCGAAAAAUUAUGAAUGACUCCGACUUGAUCUCAUUUUUGAGAAGAAAAAAAAGUUUCAAAUUAUAAUUCUAACCAUCUGGCAGUAAAACAAUGGCUGCUGAUGGCUUUCUAAAAAGAAAUCAUUCUUCUGAUGCUAGAGGUAAUCCAAUUAAUGAUGUAGUAACCUUUUCCUUUAUUGUUUUUUUAGGAUCUUUAUAGUCUGGUGCUGACCUCCAAGUAUUAAGUUAACAGAUCAAUUGUCACUGGAGAGCUGAAAAUCAGAAACAUUUGAAUGGAAAAUAUAUGUUUUUGUAAACCAGAGUAGAAUUUUAAAUAAAAUUGUGUGUUUAUUUGACGCACACCCAAGAAUCGAAACAUUUCUCCUAAUAAUAAUACAUUCUUAGCAGGUUCUGUCCUGCCUGGUUUUACCUUAAAAUACUUGGAAUGCAAUCUGGUUGCCAUAGCUACCUGUCAAACACAAGCAUCCAUGGGUAGUUUGUUUCUAUCAUAGGAAUGAAAAUGAGGCUUUUUGGUGCAUGUGAGUGUGUUUGCUAUCUAAGGCAGGGUUUUUCUUUUCCUGUUGGCUUUAAAAAAUUAUUCCACAUGAAAGAUGAACAUGUAUUGCCCCGACUGCACACUUUUUCUUCCCGUGUUUAACCAGCUCUUUAGAAGAGCCUACUGCUGUUAUUGAACACCUUCAUCCCAUGGCGUCUUAAUGAAGAUUCUCUACAGCCAAGACUCACAUUGAUAUGACAUUGUCACACAAAGGGCACAUACACAAAUGUCUAAAUGAGAAUUAAAAGAAUUUUGUACCUUUUUUUUAGGGUAUAUUUUUAAAUUCAAAAUAUUUUUUUCUAAAAGCAUAAAAUAUCCCAAUAUCCCAAGCUGCCCAGAGAAAAACUAAGAAGUCAUCUAAUGUAUGUUUUAUAUAUACACACACACACACCCCGGUAUAUAUGUGUGUGUAUGUAUGUGUGUGUAUAUACAUAUUUUAUUUUUUUUGCAGGUUAACGUCUUUUCUUUUUUACCUGUGAGCUCUAAAGUGUUCAUUCCAUCAGGCCCUCUUUUGAAGGGGGUAAGUGGCCUUAAAGGUGUAAUCCUUUAUAUUUUUUAUUUGAUUUUAGUUUUGUACUAAUGUGUUUCUUUUGGCAAAAAUGUGACAAUGUGUAAAGCAUAGAGCAAAUUUCCAGUAAUUUAAAUUAAUUCUUUAUUCUCUUAUGUUAUUUACCAUAGAUGAAUAAAAAAAUCUCAACUCCUUCA